AUGGCGUCCAGGGAAUGUGCAAAACGUCUUCCUUUAGUUGUUAUUUUAGGCUGUACUGGUACUGGGAAAUCCAAACUUGCUAUAGAAAUAGGUAAGCGUAUAGGAGGAGAAAUAAUCAGUGCAGAUUCAAUGCAAGUUUACUCAGGUCUUCCGAUAAUUACAAACCAAGUUACAAAAGAAGAACUGUCACAUUGUCCUCAUCACRUGAUYGACUUUCUGUCACCGCUGAAGGAAUUCUCAGUUGUACAGUUYAGAAACAUGGCGCUACCUUUAAUAGAAGAYAUUAAGAAACGCGGAAAAGUGCCAAUUGUGGUUGGAGGAACUAAUUAUUACAUAGAAUCAUUAUUAUGGGAUAUGUUGAUUGACAACUCUGAUGAUGAUGAUGAUGACAAUGAUGAAAGUCCCCUAAAAAGACGAAAACUAAUUGAGAAAGGAAAGAGUUGUGAUAACAAUAAGGACAAUCUAACACUUCAUCAGCAAUUGAUUGAAGUUGAUCCUGAUAUGGCUUUGAAACUUCAUCCAAAUGAUACGAGGAAAAUUUCAAGAAGUCUGCAAGUUUAUAAACAGCAUGGAAUGCCACACAGUGCACUCAUAAAUAAUCAGAAGUCAAAAGAAGGGGGCUCAGACUUUGGUGGUCCUAUGCGGUUUGACUUGACGUGUGUAUUGUGGYUACARUGUGAAAAGGACAUUCUAAAUGAAAGGCUUGAUAAUAGAGUUGAGGAUAUGAUGAAAAAUGGAUUGCUGAAGGAACUUAUAGAAUUCCAUGCAAACUACAACAAAGAAAGAUUGAAURAUUCACAGGCAAAGUACACUGAAGGUAUUUUCCAAUCAAUAGGUUUCAAGGAAUUUCAUGAAUUCCUUGUCAACAGAAACUCAGAAGAAUCUAACUACGAAAUCCAAGAAAAGGACAAAGAGGUCUUCAAUCAAUGUGUGGAGUCCAUGAAAACAGUAACACGCAGAUAUGCCAAAAAACAAAUCCAGUGGGUGAAAAACCGUUUUCUUGCAAGACCUAAAGGCUCAUCACCUGACCUCUAUGGCCUUGAUGCAACAGAUUUAACAAAAUGGCAUAGUAAUGUCCUGCAACAAGCAUUACAUAUUCUAGAUUGUAUAACAAACCACAGGUCACCAAACUGUGAACCACUAACAAGAAAAGUUGUAGACCCAAAUGAGGCUCAUUCAAGGCAUGUUUGUGAACCUUGUAAUAACAGAGUAAUUAUUGGAGACAAGUCUUGGGCAAAACACAUUACAUCCAAAUCACACAAGUGGCAUGUUAAGAAAGCCAAAACACUUGAAAACUUAUAACUUUAUAUCUGAAUUUUAUUCUAUAAUAUGAUUAAGACCACUAUUUCUUUUAAAGACCCGUUUACGAUUGUGAUUUUUGUAGAGCGACUCUUGUGGUGAUCAUCAUGCAACUGUCGCCUUAGUUUUGAACAUACUUGAAAAUUGUGACAAUUUUCCAUUGUCAGAACAAUCACAGGGCCAUUUGUGCGUACGAUAGCAAAGUUGCGAUUAUCGUGAUCAAAAAUUGUGUAAACGGGCCUUAAGAAAGACACAAAUGAGAAAUGGACCAGCCUAUUAAAGGCUGAUUUAGACGAUACAACUUUUGCCUACAACUAUUGCAUGCAACAUGCGUAAGUCAUCCUUACGACAUGGCUACA